UAAUUUGACUCUUUGUGAAAUUUGAGUCUCCAAGGAGAGGCCACUUGAAAAGGCUAGGCCAAAGCAGUUUUUGGAAGUGAGGUCGUCGAAGCAUGCAGACAUGGCGGGAAGGGGUCGCGUUGACGUUAACGAACGACGGUUGAGACCAAUUUACGAUGCUCUUGACAACCUCAACAACAAAUUGGCAAUCCAGCUUGCUGACAAGAUCCUGAAAAAGCAAAAAGAUUUGCAUUGUGCUAAGGCUUUGAAAGCUCUGGCUUUAUUACGCUCUAAUAGGUUACCAGAAUGUCUUGAGCUACAAGAGGAGUUAAAAAGGAUAAAUGUAUGGGAUGAUUCAAUUCUGCAGUGUAUGACCAUGACAUACAAAGAAAUGCAAAAGCCUGAGGAAAUUGCAACGAUCUAUGAAUUAGCUGUAGCCCAACAUAAAAAUAAUGAAGAAUUCUUGAGUCAUUUGUUCAUGGCAUAUGUACGGAUUGGCAACAAUCUUAAACAGCAAAAGACGGCAAUGAGUCUUCACAAAUCGUUCCCUUUGAAGAAUCCCUAUUAUUUUUGGGCUGUGAUGAGCAUCUAUAUGCAGGCAUUGACAUCUGAAGAUGAAAAAGCCGUAAAGGCCAUGCUACUUCCAUUGGCAGAAAGAAUGGUUGCUAAAUAUGUGAAGGAUAAUAAAAUUGAAGCAGAAGCUGAGGUACAGCUGUAUCUGAUGAUACUGGAAAAGGCAGAGAAGUACGAGCGGGCGUUUACAAUCUUAAGUGACGAAUCUGAAGGGAGCAUAGGAUUGUUGAUAAAUGAAAAAGAUGUCAUAAUGGUCAAGUAUCUCGAGAAGAUGGGAAAGUGGCCUGAAGUAAACUCGAUGUACAAGAAGUUAUUAGAGGAAAGGCCGGACCAAUGGUGGUACUACGUCGGGUAUCUUGACUCAGCAUUUGAAUUGAUAAAAACGAACCCGGCAGAUGAGCAAUGCGACAACAGGUCGUCUGCUGAUUAUAAUUUAGAACAAGUGCAGUCAUUUCUAAACGAGAAAUUGGCUGCUAAUCCCAGCUUACGAGGACCAUACCUAGCCAGGCUGGAGCUACUGAAAAGGAUGGAUCGAAGCAAAAAGGAUUGUCAAGACGAACUGCUUAAACAAAUUGUGGUAUAUUUUGACAAAUUUGGAUCACACAACUGCUUUUUUGGUGAUGUCUCACCCUACAUAGACCUUCUUACUGGGGACAAGCGACCAGAACUAGCAAAAUUGAUGGCUGAACGAACUUGUGAUGUUCCGGAGGAGUCUUCAAAUUCUGAGAAGAUCAAGACGUUACAGAGAUUCAUUUGUAAGGAAUGUGUCGAAAGAAGGAUGGGUUUACAUGACCAUCUUUCCUCGAAAGAACGGCUGGAAAAAGCAAAGGAGCUAAUGAAGAAACACAAGGAAUGCAUUCACUAUGGGAGAGAUUACCUGCCUACAGAUACUCAACCCGUGGAUACACUUGCUCUGUUGGCUGCGUAUCUUCUCAUCGACAUACCUAACAAGCAAGAAGCGCAAGCAAUGGUAUGGCAUAUACUCUUGAUUCUUGAAGAAGCCUCUCGAACUAGCCCGUCAAACCACGAGUUCAAAGUCUUAAAGAUGGCAAUUUACUGUAGUCUAGGUGCUUUUGGGCCGUGCUUAAAGAUAGGCGAAGAGCUUGAGAUCAAGUAUAUUAUGUUAGAUACAUUAGGAUAUAAAAUAACACGAUUUGAGCAACCAUUGUGCCAUUUUCAGUCUGCAUCGACGUUUUAUUCUGCCACUUUGAAGUUUUUCCACGCAAAUCAGAAGGAUACACCAGAGCAGAUAGUGGCCGCCUACAGAUAUGGGGCGUUUCGCAAGAUUCCUGAGAUGAUUGCUUUUAGAGAUCGUCUGAAUACUUCUGUCCAGUUAACUCUGGUUCUGUCUGAAAAACGCCAUCUUGAUUUGCUUCAGCAGGCAAACAGUUUUGAGGAAGCUAAACAGAUGAUUAAAGACGGGAGUCUUCUGUUUUCAUGUCCAGCCUCUCCAAAUCAUUUCGAUGGUCUCCUGGACAACAGAGACUUCAACGUACUUAACUACUAUGGAACUCCUUGCAGGAAACCGACUAAAGAACAUAUUCAACAAUCAUUUGCUUUAGAGGUAUUAUGGAUUCGAUUUCGUUGUCUUUCUCUCCGCGUUUUGGGCAUCGCCCACGACGAAUCUGAUACCUCGAAGACUGAGCAUCUGGCAAAUGGAAAUGAAGCGAAAGAUGAUGUACCAGAGGAUCUCGAAGCUGUUAUACAACAAAUUAAUGGUAUAGUUGAAAAGGCAAAAGAAUUAGAAGAAAAUGCAGAAAAGUUGAGUUGUGCUUAUGCGUGUCAUGGCCCUCCAAGUUCAAGAUGGAAGAAAAUGAUAGAAGGAAGUUACUUUGAGCCAUUGCUGGAGAUCACAAAAAUUUUGCACAUGUUAAAGAUGACUUCUGAGGCUUCUUCCAUGGAAGAUGAUGUAAAUGGACAUGUGAAUACCUUAAUCACAUGGUUCCAAGAAACGUUCAAAAGGUGCAAAGAAAGUCUAGUUUUGCGAAUGCUCGAGAAGGAUAUAUUCAACGGGUCAAGUUUGGAAGAUGUCAGUUUGCUGAUCGAGGUAGCCAACUACGUGACAAUUAUGAUUUCAUUAGUUUUGGAAAUAGCUAAAAAGAAAUACAAAAAGACAAGAAAAAAGAAAGGCUCCCAGCCAAGCAAUGUUGUACAAGAUGCUUUGGAAAAGCUGAUAUCAGGACUAAUCACAAACCUUGAGGAUUUCAAGACCAAAUUGCUGGAAAUGGAGGAAGGCAACGUCUCAAAAGAACUCGAAGCUGGAGCACUCACUAACCUUUUCGAAAAGACACAGUCAGAUUUGGUAAUGACAAUUUGGCAAAACGUUCAAGGAAGCUACAAGCAAUCAAUUCAGGAAGUCAGCCAAAUCAUUGAACUUAAAGUUAAGUUCCUCAAGUCUUUAAAAAGCUAACCAAACUCAUCAUUUGUAGUAUUUUGCUGCCCUUGAGAUGCAUGAAGAAAUCUAACACAUGUACGAGACUGUGCCCAGUCCCCAUCUAGAAUGCAUGACAUAUACCUUGUGAUUUUAGUAAAGAACAUCAUGAAUUGAAGUCAAGCUUGCCAUACCAUGAAGUACCUUUAUGACAUAAGGUUGUCAUUUUGACAUUUUAUGAAAAAAUGGAUAUUGGUUAGAUUUUUAAGUAGAAUGAUGUAGCAAUGUUGCAAAAUUUUCAAAAUCAUUCUUACAAAUCAAAUAAUGUUAUCUA